GGUGUAUGAUAAUAAUUCUGGAUUUUUAUAUCUGCAUGUUAGCAGAAACGAAAAAUCACGUUGCAUUUGUUUGCAAGUCGAAGAGUUUAUGCGUAAGAGCUUGCACGAAAACAAAUAACUCUCGAUGCAUCCAAGUGCACGCGAACUUGCCAAAGUAUUACAAAUUUGGGAUCAACAUUGCGCAGAUCCCGCUUACGUAAACACGUUUAAAAGUGGGAAAUGGAAAACGAAUGAAUAUGAAUACCUUAUCGGGAUGCGUUGUGGUUACUUUAGAAGUGUGCUUUGCAUAGUGUGCUUUGCAUAGUACGCAGUAGUAACAGCAGCGAGGUAGACUGCGCUUGUUCGUUCCUCGCUGAUAUGCACGACAAUACGAAUAAAGUUUUCGCGAUAUCUCGAAAUUUCCAAUUCUACACGUGGCAACAUCAAAUCAGGCACAGGUUUAACUCUACUUAGACCUCAUUAUUUCGAGAAAAUGGAGCGCAGCGUUUUGGCAAAAUACCCGAGGGUAUCCCCGGUCAUCGGCUCUUCGCCGACCAGUUCUGGAUCCAACCUAGACUGUUCGUCGAACGCCACCCUCGUGACGAACACCAGUCCCUUCAACAGCCAGACCGCCCUCAUCACCGAGAAGAAGUACUUCUCCGGCAACACUGGCAAAAAAUCCAACCGUUACUAUGCCGAAAACUUGAGGAACAAUCAUCAGAAGGCCCUAACCAAGUCGCGGAUCUACGAUCCGCUCAACAAAGACCAAGACGUCGAUUACAAGCAGCUAGAUCCACUACUACCGAGCGAGGAAAGUCUAAGUAUCCUCAUGGAUCCCGAGGACGUGAAAUUGCCGAAGGACCCGCAGGAACCCACCCGACUGCCGUCCUCGCAAUUCCAGAAGGAACCUAAGCCGUCCUGGCUGCGGUUUGCCGCUCAGAUAUUGGCUGCAUUAUCGGUAUCGUUAGGCUCGAUGCAGGUCGGCUAUGCGUCUUCCUACACAUCGCCAGCGCUGGUAUCCAUGCGCGAUAACACCACGGCCGGAUUCGAAGUCACCAAACAGAUGAGCAUGUGGAUUGGGUCACUUAUGCCACUGAGUGCGCUUGUCGGUGGCAUUGCUGGAGGGCCGCUCAUCGAAUAUAUAGGAAGGAAAAAGACGAUACUUGCCACAGCGCUCCCAUUUAUUGGAGCGUGGGUCUUAAUUGCGAUGGCUGAGAAUGUCCCGAUGGUAUUGGCUGGGCGCGCGAUAAGCGGCUUCGCUGUAGGUAUUGCAUCUUUAGCGUUGCCUGUGUAUUUAGGCGAAACGAUACAGGCAGAAGUGCGUGGUACUCUUGGUUUAAUGCCGACCGCUUUUGGUAACACCGGAAUAUUACUGUGCUUCAUAGCAGGCAUGUAUCUGGAUUGGAGAAAUCUGGCGCUAGUAGGAGCGAUUUUACCGCUACCAUUCUUGAUUUUGAUGUUUGUAAUUCCGGAGACGCCAAGAUGGUAUAUCUCUAAGGGAAAAACAAAGAUGUCCCGCAAGUCUCUUCAAUGGCUCCGCGGUAAAGAUGCAGAUAUAACGGACGAAUUGUCUCUGAUCGAGAAAAUGCAUCAGGAAUACCUCGAUAGCGAGAAAAACGGUUCUCAAAGCACGAUCUCGGAGUUGUUGAAGAGUAAGCACCUCAAUCCUCUCCUCAUUUCUUUGGGGUUGAUGUUGUUCCAACAAAUGUCCGGUAUCAACGCGGUGAUAUUCUAUACGGUGCAGAUCUUCCAGGACGCUGGUAGCACAAUCGACAAGAAUCUCUCGACCAUAAUCAUCGGCAUAGUGAACUUUAUAUCCACUUUCGUCGCCGCGUCUGUGAUCGACAAGCUGGGCAGAAAGAUGCUGCUGUACAUAAGCGCCGUGAUGAUGGCCCUGACUCUCUUCUCUCUCGGCGGAUUCUUUUACGUGAAAUCGUUGGACGUAGACGUGACGGCCUUCGGCUGGCUGCCGCUGGUCAGUCUGAUCGUGUACGUAAUAGGCUUCUCGCUGGGCUUCGGGCCCAUUCCUUGGCUGAUGAUGGGCGAGAUCCUACCCGCCCAGAUCCGCGGCUCCGCCGCAAGUAUCGCAACUAGCUUCAACUGGAUGUGCACCUUCAUCGUGACGAAAACCUUCGAGGACGUCAUAGCGGUGAUCGGUGCGCACGGUACCUUCUGGCUGUUCGGCAUUAUCGUCGUGGUAGGUCUCGUUUUCGUGAUCGUCAGCGUGCCGGAGACCCGCGGCAGGUCGCUCGAAGAAAUCGAGAAGGGAUUUAGAGGUCCGACUAGACGAAUGAGCGCGGUCGCCAAUAUGAAACCGACGCCGAUGUCGUGCUAGCUGCUGAACUUUCGAUCGCGAUUCGUGUCGACAAAGAAGCUCGUUCGAGUAAGGAAUAGCACUCCUUACGGUGUUCCUCUAAGGUAUAGAUUUCCUUAUAGGUAUGCUUUCCCUUAAAGGGAAGUCAAGUUCGAAGGUUAUACUUCUCUCUAUGUAAAGAGAAGCGCAUCUGUUCUUCCUUCUUGACUUUUCCUUGUUCUUAUUUCCGAGCUUCGGCUCGAUUUCGCAAAGUCUGCUUGUUAUAACGAAGUUUGAGCGAGAGCGAUUCGGAGAUAACCGAUAAAGAAUGGAAGAUUGUAGAUCUGAAUAGUAUAGAAAUAGAUACAUGGACAAAAGCGCUUCUCACAAGAUUCACAUCUCUUUAAAACGAGUUGAAGAGGCAAUUGGAAGAAGAGUCUAUCAGUAAAAAAUUUCAGCGUAAUAGCUAUCUCUUAAAAUUAAUUGUAAAAAAGUUGAUCGAGAUAAUUCCAACUCAACUGUACUUCCAAAGCACUGAUAACUUUAUAAUAUAAAAAAAUACAUCAUCCUCGUUCAUUCGCUUCUUCAAUUAGCUUCGUAAAAUUUCGAUUUGACUUGACUCAUGUCCGAUGCGAGGAUCAGAGUUAGCGAGUUAGUGCCAACCUUGUCGAGUAUCUGCGAGGCAAUUAAUUAGCUUCGUGGGAUGUAAACGUGUUACGCUUUCCCACCGUGGAAAUGACGCGAUAUGUGACUAUCAGCUGUUGACUAGGUGUGUAGUUGUAAUUGUUUUUAUUACUUCCGACAGUCCUUCAGGGCCUACCUCAAGUUGACAUUGCUCUAUUAGAAUAUAGCGGACAAUACUAUCGUUAGAGAUACGUAUACGGCAUACGCGUAGGUCAACGCUAGUCGCGCGCGCGAGCGCGCGUUCCUUCUUUUUUAUAACGCACGUGAAACGACGCAAUUUGCGUGGGGCUGUGGUAUCGCAUAUAGUUAUGUGCGAUACAAUUAAUCCGCCACGUGCACUUUGAAUUUGAGAAGCACGUCUAAUAUGUUAUGUACUUAUAUAUUAUAUAUAUAUUAUACACCGACCAAGAAGCCGGUCUUUCGAACAGGGGCGAAUUUCCCACGCGACAAUAAAUUUUAAGAUCAACCGCGUUCUCGUCUAGUUUGUACUAUAAAUUGUAAAUAGUCGAAGAUUUGCGCCACAGUGAUAUUAUGUAUCCACGUCCGAAGAUCGUCGUUGUUAAUUUCAAUCGUGAAUAUAAUUAUUUUUCUAUUGCCUCUUUCUUCUUUUCAGACAAAAUUUAGAAAGGGACAGAGGGGGACAAUUGAACUACGAUUGUUGUUAAUAAGCGUUGAAGAAAUUGAGCGUAAGUGGGACGAUAUGAUUCUAACAGUACAUGAUCGCGUAUUAUCGUAAUCUUCGUAUUAAACAAAUGAUGCUUGGUAUCGGACGGCUGUAUCAAUGUGGGAUGUGAUUUUAAAUGUACGUACAAGUCAAACGAUAAUUUAAGCGUUAUGAUAUAUGGCAGAUAUAUAUUUUUAUUCUCUAAAGAGUCUAAAGCGAGGGAUUAGGAAAAGUGGGAGCGUAGUCGUAAAGUUGAGAUAAAGUUCUUAGAAAGUUACGUAAGAGUAACGUUGGAGGAAAGCCUCAGACAAAUGUAGAAAAUAGUCGAAUCGCCUAUGUUCGAAAGUUAGGGUAAAACUGCGUCGGGCACCUGAUGAGUGUUCUCGGUCGAGUAAUUUAAUGAAAGAACAAUUCGUUGGCAUAUUGUUAUAUAUGAGAUUUAUUAUAUACAAAGGAAUUAUUUGUAUACGUUUUACUUAAAUUAUUGAUACAUAUU